AUGGUGGCGGAAAACAAAGAUCCUUGGGAAACACGGUUCGCAGAACUCAACAAUAAGAUCCUGACACUGGAAAAGAAGCAGCAACUGAUGUCAGUUCCCGCUGCUGUUCAGGCGAUGAUGGAAGAGACCGAGCCUCUGUUCACCUCAGAAAUUAUGAACGAGAUCCAGACAGUGACGGAUGCAAUGAUGUGUAGAGGGUUCUCGAUCACACUGACGGGAUCCGCUCGAAACUGGUAUCGCCAACUCAAACCCGUCUCCAUUGGUUCAUUUGCUGAACUCAGCCAAUCAUUCCUUACCCAAUUCAUAAGCGGUAAGAAGAGUUGGAAGCCCAAUAUCGACCUGUUCACUGUCAAGCAAGAGUCAAAGGAGUCAUUAAAAGACUACAUUGCCCAUUUCAAUGAAGAGGCAUUGCAGGUAGAAGACUACAAUGAAAAGAUGACACUCGCCGCAGUAUUCAGCGAUCUGAAAGAAGGAAAAUUCGCUUUCUCCAUUGGGAAGAAUCCUCCACAGACGUUAGCUGAGCUUGUCACCAGAGCUCAGAAGUACGCCCAUGCGGAGGAGUUUUCCAGUACCCGCAAGAAUAUCCAGGUGGCAGACCCAGCUGGAAAAGGAAAGAGGCUAAGGAACGAGGAACCUUAG